AUGGCUGCGUCAAAAAUGAUUUUGGUUCUCCAGCUCACUAUUGGUCUAAGUUUUGCUUUUGGCAUUGACUGCUCAGCAUAUACUUGCAAAACUCCAGACCAGGUCUGGUAUAGGCAAUGCCUUUCAGUAGUGCGCUAAGCGCCCGAGACUUGCCGACGAAGUCUGGGCGGUGGUUUUGACCAGCUGAUGUUGGUCAAACCAGCAUCCAAUUUGUCAAAUCUUCUAUAUGAGAAGAAUUUGUCAUUUUGGAUGUUGGUUUGACCAACAUCAGCUGGUCAAACCACCGCCCAGACUUCUUCGGGAAGCCUCGGGCGCUAGCGCGCUACUCAAAGGCAUUGCCUAUAUCCUAAUCAAUGUGGCUUUAAUAACAACAUAACCAAUACCUAUUACGUUCAGCCAUGCCAGGAUAGCUCUUUAGAAUGCUAUCCAGACCAACAGCACUCAACUUCCUAUCAAUUCAACUAUACUUGCCAAGAAACUUAUGUUCCACCUGUCAAUAGCUAUCCAGGAGAAUGGUGCAAGACAGACGACGAUUGUGCUCCUGGACUUUCUUUGACAUGCCAAAAUGGAAUUUGUGUAGGUGUUUCAAAUGGAGAAUAUUGCAGUUGGAGUGAGCAAUGUAACCCUGGUUUACGAUGCACAAAUAACACUUGUAUUCCACAGCUUCAAAUUGGGGAAUCUGGCUGCACCUGGGACUAUGAUUGUGUCAACAAUGCAGCUUGCAAUAUUAUUUCUUAUUCUAACCCUUCCCAAAACACUUGCUAUGGCUUUCAUUCAUUUAAAGUCCAUGAUGAGGUUGGAGAGUGCUAUUCUGGGUUCCAUACUUUAUGCCAAUAUUACUACUGUGCUCAGAAUUCCGAUGGGAAAAGCUACUGCACAGACUUAUUCUAUACUUUACAAGGCCCAGGGUCUCAAUGUGAUGUCAAUGGGAGAGGGUGCUAUUCUAAUAAAGAUUCUUUCUUUACUCCUCCAUACUCCAUAGAGGGAGAAUGCGAUUGUGGGCUGAAUAGUGAGGGGAACUCUUAUUGUGAAGUUUUGCCAGGAGAUGCACCUAACCAGCAAUGGCUAAAUAUUUUUAAUGAGUGGGUAAACAGCCCAGAGUUGUUGAACUGUAAUACAGUUAAAAGAUUUGACAGCAACUGUGUGCAGACUUACUGGAGUUCUAAGCAGUAUAAUGCGUUUGUCUAUUAUAACUUGCAGAGUAGCUUAUAUAAUAGGCUGGUAGGGAUAGAAGAUUGCGUCCUAAACGCUUUUGCUGAAAAUUAUGUGCAGGCUAGGAAUGCGUUCAAUAACUCUAACGUUGAGGCUGUGGCCUUCUAA